AUGUCAAAAGGUGCGCUGGCGCAUAGAAUUGAGAUUCUCGAAGCCCAGCUCGCUGCUUCGUUGGAGAGCAAUCUACCCGACCCGGCCAGAGAGCAGGGUCGUAUGCCGAGGCGGGCGGACACGACCCCUGAUAUGAGCGAGCGCCAUUUAGGCGGCGUCAUCCGUUUUUUGACUCUAAGCCAUGGAGUGAAUGAAGAGCCCCCUUAUCUCGGGCCUUCUUCCGGUCUUUCGAUGGCUGAAAAUGUCCAUCAAAUCGUGCAUCGUACGGUCGGGACCAAGCUGCUCCCCAUCAAUGACCGUAGCCACGAAUCCGAUAUGACCAUAUCGAUUGGCGAGGCCACGAAGGCGGUGCCGCCAAAUGAUAUCACCGGAUCCCAAAUUCUGAACGGUUAUUUCAAUAACAUGCAUGUCCGACUCCCAUUUGUGAAUCGAACCGAGAUUCUCGAUUUGCACGCUACGCGGCAUCAAGCCCCUGGAUCAACACCGGAGGCUCAAUUCGGUCAAUUUAAAUUAUUCAUGAUUUAUGCCAUUGGAGCUGAAAUCUGUCAAAUGACAGAAACGUAUGACUCGACGCCCCCGAGCGCCUUUUUGGUCACUGCGCUGCAAUUCGAUGCUACCCUGAGAGAAUCGAUUUCGGUGGCCAGUAUAGAGGCCAUGUUGCUGAUGGUAUUAUACAAUUUACGAUCUACAUCCAACUCAAGUGUUUGGUACAUGAUUGGACUGGCCAUGAGAACCUGUGUCGAUUUCGGCUUUCACAGAGAAUCACGAUAUAGAAGGCUUCAGCCCUACGAGGCAGAGCUCCGCCGUCGACUCUUUUGGAGCGUUUAUAUCAUCGAAAGAUCUACAGCAUGGUCCUUGGGUAGGCCUUUUAGCAUUCCAGAAGAGGAAAUUGAUACCCUGCCUCCCCAUAAUAUAGAUGACUGCAUAAACAAUAACGAUGUAGUGGAACAACUCAUCAACAAUUUAGGUAUUCCGGAGAAAACGCAGAAAGGAACCCUUGGAAGAUUUAUUGCUUCGAUUCAAUUGCAACGAAUCGUAUCCAAAAUUCACACGCGAAUCUAUCGAGUUGAUAAACAUAUCUCAACUUUGGUACCAGAGAUUGCUCCUCUUUUGUCUUCAUUGGAAGAUUUCAAGAGGACUUUGUCUUCUCUCGACUUGCACGAAGGAGAUUUUGUGCACAUGCACUGGAAUAACUCCAUUCGUAUCUUAUUACAACCCUUCAUCGGCAUCAUAAGCCCCCAGGACAAGCUUCUCAGCACUUGCCUAUAUACGUCUGGGCAGAUGUGCCAGUUCUUCAAGAAGUUGCGUCAGAGAGAUUCAUCUGGCUACUCUUUUCUACUGAUUAAUUCGAUUUUCAUGGCCGGAAUCACGAUGUGCUUUUGCCUGUUCCGGUCACCCGGCCUCUGGACCCCUACGGUGUCCAAUGACCUUCGUGCUUGUUCCUCUGCCUUGUUUGUCAUGGCAGAGCGGAACUCGCGAGUGAAAAGCUAUCGAGAUUAUUUAGAAUCAAUAAUCAAUCGUGCGAUGGACUUCGUUCAAGAAUGGUCUGAGACUCAAAAACUUGGUGAGAAAAAUACCUCAGAUUUUAGACUGUCCGAAUCAAACCAGACGGUACAGGGAACCGCAUCGGCGAAUGUUCAGAACUUUGAACCACAGAUGGCAGAGAAUGAAUCUCACGGCCUGGGUGCAGAAUUUUUUGGAUUCCAUGAUCCUGAUCUCUUUCGGGAUCUUCAGGAUCUUUCAAUCGAUCUCCAAGAUAGUCUGUUGGGCAGUAAUCAUGAGAUGGCACGUCCCUUCCAUGGCAUCUUUACUGAGGACUUUUGGGCUGCAGACGCAUUCAACCUACCUAUAUUCCAGCACUUUGGGUGA